AUGGCCGUGAAGAUACACUCCAUGGCACUGACACUACGUGUCUUCCAAGCCAUGGAGUCCGUGCCCGAUGUUGUCGAAAGUUCCGGCGCUUAUAACGGUCUGCUACUACUAAAAAACCACCACCGACUGGUUAAUUCACUGUCCAAGCUACAGUCCGAAGUAUGCGAUGAGGAGACCGAAAAUGCCAAUACCUUGAAGCCUCUGGUGGCUGAGAUGGCACUCUUAGUUCACGGGCUCCUGAACGAUGAAGAGAUCCUAAGGAGCUAUGGAUUAUCGAAUUUGCAUCGGCAAGGAUACUUGCGAACUUUGCAAGGGGCGAGCUCUUUACAGUCAGGCAUCGACAGGACUAUUGAGGCCGUGAAAGAUGCCGAUUUAUAUGUUGACGAGUACGAUUUGAUACUUGAGAACCCGGAACUAUCGGCAUGCGACGAGAUUUAUACAAGAUUUCGACAAGAUUUACUUCUUGAUUACUGUUCUGAAGUGUGUUCCCUCGAAGCGAUGUUUGAGGAGUACUCCCCACCGAGUUGCUUCGACAUUAAUAAAGUACAUGGGGGAGCCACGCCUUUAAUAGAAGCAGUACGACAUGGUCAUCGAAAUGUUGCCAAGACGCUAAUCGACUAUCAGGCCGAUAUACAGCACUAA